CGUGUGUGGCGUUUAACUUUACCGAGAGCUGCGUGUGUUUUGUUUUUGUUAUUUUUCUUCUCCUCCGCCCCCCGUGUGCGGUUGUCGGCGCCCCGGCAUCGCGUCCCGCUCGCGGCGGGCUGAAGGCGGACCGGCCGGCGGCUCCGGGAGACCCGACCGACCGCCGGUUUCGUGGCGAUCCCAGCCGGCGAGUCAUGUCCAGAUCGGGUGACAGAACAUCCACCUUUGACCCCACACACAGUGACACCCUGCUACACGGGCUCAACCUCCUCUGGAGAAAGCAGCUGUUCUGCGAUGUGACGCUCACCGCCCAGGGACAGCACUUCCACUGCCACAAGGCUGUGCUGGCCUCCUGCUCCCAGUACUUCAGAUCCCUCUUCUCUUCCCACAACGUCAUCAACAAUGAGGGGAGCAAAGGGGACCAGGGCAGCAGCGGGACCCCCUCGUCCUCGCCCGACGACAAGCUGGCCACCCCGGGCUCCAGGCCCAUCAAUAACCUGGUCCUCCAGGGCUGCUCGUCCAUCGGACUACGGCUGGUGCUGGAGUACCUGUACACCGCCAACGUGACCCUUUCCCUGGACACGGUGGAGGAGGUGCUGUCGGUGAGCAAGAUCCUCAACGUGCCCCAGAUCACCAAGCUCAGCGUGCAGUUCCUCAACGACCAGAUCUCCGUGCAGAACUACAAGCAGAUCUGCAAGAUCGCCGCGCUCCACGGCCUGGAUGAGACCAAGAAGCUGGCCAACAAGUACCUGGUGGAGGACGUGCUACUGCUGAACUUUGAGGAGAUGUGCGCCAUGCUGGACGCUCUGCCGCCGCCGGUGGAGUCGGAGCUGGCGCUGUUCCAGAUGUCGGUCCUCUGGCUGGAGCAUGACCGGGAGAGUCGCAUGCACCACGCGCCCGACCUCAUGAAGAGGCUGCGCUUCGCCCUCAUACCUGCCCCGGAGCUGGUGGAGAGGGUGCAGUCCGUUGACUUCAUGAGGACUGACCCCGUGUGCCAGAAGCUACUCAUGGACGCCAUGAACUACCACCUGAUGCCCUUCAGGCAGCACUGCAGGCAGACCACGGCCAGCAGAAUCCGUUCCAAUAAGAGAAUGCUGUUACUGGUGGGUGGUUUGCCUCCUGGACCCGAUCGCCUCCCCAGCAAUUUGGUCCAGUACUACGACGACGAGAAAAAGACAUGGAAGAUCCUCACAAUAAUGCCUUACAACAGCGCCCAUCACUGCGUGGUGGAGGUGGAGAACUUCCUGCUGCUGCUGGGCGGAGAGGACCAGUGGAACCCAAACGGGAAGCACAGCACCCACUUCGUCAGCCGCUACGACCCCAGGUUCAACAGCUGGAUCCAGCUGCCCCCCAUGCAGGAGAGGAGAGCCAGUUUCUUCGCCUGCCGCCUGGACAAGCACCUGUACGUGGUCGGCGGCAGGAACGAGAGCGGCUACCUGUCCAGCGUGGAGUCCUACAACCUGGAGACCAACGAGUGGAACUACCUGUCGCCUCUGCCGCAGCCCCUGGCCGCCCACGCGGGGGCGGUGCACAACGGGAAGAUCUACAUAUCAGGAGGAGUUCACAAUGGCGAGUACGUGUCCUGGCUCUACUGUUAUGACCCCGUAAUGGACGUGUGGGCGAGGAAACAGGAUAUGAACACAAAGCGGGCCAUUCAUGCGCUGGCGGGGAUGAACGACCGCCUCUACGCCAUUGGCGGAAACCAUUUGAAAGGUUUCUCCCACCUGGACGUGAUGCUGGUGGAGUGUUACGACCCGAAGGCCGACCAGUGGAACAUCCUGCAGACGCCCAUCCUGGAGGGGCGCAGCGGGCCGGGCUGCGCCGUCUUCGACGACAGCAUCUUCCUGGUGGGGGGCUACAGCUGGAGCAUGGGGGCCUACAAGUCGUCCACCAUCUGCUACAGCCCGGAGAAGGGAACGUGGACGGAGCUGGAGGGGGAGGUGGCGGAGCCCCUGGCGGGCCCGUCCUGUUCCACCGUCACGCUGCCGGCCUGCCUCCCCUUUAACAAAUGACAACUAAUGCGACCGGGGGGGGGCGGCGGCGGCGCCGCCGCCGCAGGGGAGCAGCAGAGCGACCGGGAAGAAGACCAUCGAUGAGCAGAGCGGUCGUCAACCAUUUUUGUGACAAAACCCUCCAGUCCGGUUUGGGUGGGGGGUGGGAGGGGGUGUAUAAAUUAUUUUUUUACAGGUUUGACCAGAGCACUUUCGUUAUUCCUUACUGGAGGUUUUAAAAAAGAGAAGAAAAAAAAAGAGAAAAAAAACAAAAACAGAAAGAAGAAGAAUUGUGUAACUCGUGUAUUUAAACUCAUCCGUGUUCUGAGAAAUGGUUCGUUCCACAUUUGAUUUUAACUGGUUGUGAGUGUUUUUGGGGUCUCUACUAUAGCACGCAUAGUGUCGAACUGAAUUAUAGCUUUCAAAUCCAUUUUUAUCUUGUAUUCCGUAAAGAGGCAUAUUUGCAUCCACAUGCGGCGUCGUUUCUUGGACUUGGACGCCGGCGGUUCCAGGUGAUCGGAACCAAAUGGGUGAUCACAGUGUAUAAAUGUUCCCCCGUCACUCUGGACUGUGCUCUUAUGCCGCAGCUCUUACCGAACUGACCCCCCCUUCCCCCCCCAUCUUUUUAAAUAGACCCGCGAGCAGCAGAGCAUUGUGGAAAACACACAAUGAUCUCAACGAGGAAUUUAAAGCUAAUUAUCUAAAUGAUUUACACCCAGACUGAAGUCGUGUUUCUGUAAUAACGUCACGGAAAAAAAACUCUUGCCAAACUGUUCUUUGUGCUGCGAGCGAAAAGAAUGAAGUCUAACCAUUGAUUGUUAGCAUUCAAAUGACGCACUAAUGUUCACGUUAAUUAAACGGUACAAUCAAGUUUGAGUUUGCUAGCCGAUGUAUUUAUGGGUAAGCAGCAGCAGAAGAAGAAGAAGAAGAGGAGGAGGUUCAAAGAUAACAGGCCCGUUUAUGAGGCCACGUACGCAUCGACCUCUUCAGUGAAAGACAAACAGUCCUUAAUGCACUAAACAGUGAGCUUUGGAGUCAGCAGGAAAAGUUCAUUCAAAUGUAAAUUAAUCAAUGUGCUGUGAUUUAGGAAAAGAAAUAAAAAAUAAAUCAAACGAAUCCAAG